AUGUUAGUAGGACUGAAACUCAGAAGAAGCUUUUUCUCUGCUCGUGACAAGCAAACUAUACUAAACUUAAAGAUCCACCAUGCUCAUCCUAUUGAACUCUUUUUGAAGGACGGAACGAAGACAUCUCGAUGUGCAGCAGACUUGUUCCAAAAAAACAAGAGCCACGGUAUAGGGUUCUCGGAAAACAAAUUCAUCUCUAGGACUGUACGAAAACGACUUCCCCUACGCGAAAUAUUACACUCAUUACUGAGACCGGCUCAGAUCAGUUCCACAAUAAAAAAAGAAGUACAACGCCACCUAUUCUUGAUCAACUUUUUUUUCGCUACUAGUAGAGUCAGUGCGCGACCUGAUUCUAGGUCGUGGCGCUCUCCUCGUGCAAAAGGAAGUAGAAGGUGGAGCAAUUGAUGAACUUGAACGCAAAAAUAAAAAUCUCAUUCGACCUCGCUAGAUCGCCGUACCGUACAUCAUACCUGUCAUGCCUGUGGUAUGAAGGAUCAACAAGAACAGCGUUGAUACCUGCACAGAAAGAAUCUUCCCAGUGUAGCGGCUGUGGCAAGUAAAAUUUUUGCUGUUCACAAGAAGUAGUGCGCUGCGAUGGUUCUGGUCCGAAAAA